AUGGUUCAACAGAUGCCUCAAUCAUUGCCUUCCAUUAGCAAUGUAGCAGCUGCGACUCUACGUUAUGUAUCGAAGAAGAAGCUUCGUCCCGAGCAACGUGAUGAGGUAGAUGCCUUCUUGUUGGACACGGUGCUUGGACGACAGGCCAAGUUAUUUGCAUGCAUCCUGUCCUUAGAAAACAAAAUCGAUACUUUCCGAUCAGCUGCACCACCCUACCAAUUAUCUGACGAGCUUAAAACCAAUAUCACUAACUAUGGCAUAGCCGUCUUGCUUUCCGUCAAUGUCAGUGCUUAUAAGGGCGACAUCCCUCGUAACCAUGUUCUUGAUAUUCUCAAGAGGUAUCGUUUUGAUUUGCCAGCGGGCAUUGAGCACGAUUAUGCCAACUGGGAGAAGAUAUCAACGUUUGUCGGUUAUUCACUAACUCAAACCCGCGCCAGAGUGAAGAAAUUGAUUAAAGACAGUAUAAAGGCAAAUACCAAUAUAUUUUCGCUUGCGCAGAUGAUUGUUCACUCCACGCCUUGUCGCACGACGAUCCAGCUGUGCUCCCGUGUUGCGCUCAUGCGUGCGGUUCACGCCGAAUGCAAUGGUGGCGAAAAAUUUUGGAAUCUGACCGAUGCAUGCCUUGAAUUUAUCCGAACAAGAGCAGGAUCCUCGGCCUCUAAAACAGCGAGGGCAUUCAAUGAAAUCCUGAAGAUUGAUCGAGCUACAUACGGUGCGGCGGAAGAAUAUGUGAUUGGGGAUACUGUUCCCGAUGAGUGGCAGCAGCGCGUUGAUGAUGUAGUUGCGGGGAUAGAUAUAGUGUGA